CGUCAGGAAGGAGGAAGGCGCACAGCAGCUGCUGUACCUUCAUUCCUGUCAGUGUGGACUCUGUGUGAGCUGCUCCUCUCCUCUCCCGUGUGUCUGUCCGUCCAUGUCCACUGCGUAAACCUGCGGGAUAAUUCUGCUGUUUCACCGGAUCCCAGUGCUGUGGAAUGAGUUUUAUCACCAACUGGAGGCGAAGCGUGAAGAAAAAUGAUAGUAAAAAGGAUGCCGUGCAGGCAGAAGACAUACCUGACAGCCCGGACUCCCUGAGCCAGUUGUCAAUCAUAAACACUCCAGAAUUGGAUUCCGUCAUCACAAACUUCGGGUUACAGCUGUCGGAACAAAAAGAUGCUCUGGAAUCAACAGAUCCAUCAAAUGGGUGUUCCCGGUCAGACCUGUCGCUGGCUCUGGAGGACUGCAUGGAUGCCCUGGAUCUGUUCCUCAGAAACCACUUUGAGGAGGCGCAGGCCCGGCUCAGAUGCAGAACCAAAGACAGCAUGUACCACGCUCUGACCUAUGCCACCAUCCUGGAGAUGCAGGCCAUGAUGACCUUUGAACCCCAACACAUUCUGUCUGCAGGAAACACUAUGAAGGAGGCCCAGGCUCUCUGUCAGCGGCACCGCAAGAAGUCAAGCUUCUCCAAAAACUUCACAGAAGAGGAACUUCACGCGGAAGUUUGUUACGCCGAGUGUCUCCUGCAGAGGGCAGCACUCACCUUCCUUCAGGAUGAAAACAUGAUCAGUUUCAUCAAAGGGGGAAUCAAAGUGAGGAACAGCUACCAGACAUACAAAGAGCUUCACACAGUCCUCCAGUCCUCUGGCUACAGUCAUGGUGACAACCAUGGCCAUUUUGAGGGUGGUGUUAAACUGGGAGUAGGAGCCUUUAAUCUAAUGAUUUCCAUGUUGCCCACGCGGACGCUCAAGCUGCUGGAGUUUGUCGGUUUCUCUGGAAAUAAGGAGUUUGGUCUUCAGCAGCUUCAGGAGGGCUCUGCAGAUAGCACAUUCAGGUCCUUCCUUUGUAACAUGCUGCUGCUCUGUUAUCACACCUUCAUGAGUUUCAUACUGGGCACUGGAGAAGGAGAUGUGGAAGAUGCAGAGAAACUGCUGCAGCCAUAUCUCAAAAAAUAUCCUAAGGGAUCAAUCUUCUUGUUCUUCGCUGGUCGAAUAGAAGUGAUCAAAGGCAACUUGGAUGACGCCAUCAAGCAUUUUGAGGAGUGCUGUGAGGUGCAGCAGGAGUGGAAGCAGUUCCACCACAUGUGUUACUGGGAGCUGAUGUGGUGCUUCACGUACAAAAGGCACUGGAAGAUGGCCUACUUCUAUGCUGACCUGCUCAGCAAGGAGAACUCCUGGUCCAAGGCUACUUAUGCGUAUAUGAAAGCAUCUUACCUCAGCAUGUUGACUCCUGAUGAUUGCCUAACCUUCGGGGAGACUGCGUUCACUCUGUUCAGGCAGGUCCCAGGGCUGAAGCAGAAAAUAGCGGGGAAAUCUUUACCAACAGAGAAGUUUGCCAUCAGGAAAGCCCGUCGCUACGUCGCAGAAAACCCCAUUCCUCUUCCGGCUCCUCCACUGGAGAUGAUGUACAUCUGGAACGGCUAUACAGUCAUUGGCAAACACAAAGACCUGACUGAGGGCAUGCUGAAAACUCUGGAUGAGGCACAAGCUAAACUUGAGAGCAGCACAAGGACUGAGUUCUCCAUAGAUGAUCAGUGUCUUCUGAGCCUCUUAAAGGGACUGUGUCUCAAACACCUUGGCCACCAGGAGGAGGCUGAACACUACUUUACCCUCAUCCUCUGCAAUGAGUCUCAGAUCAAGUAUGACCACUACCUGGUUCCCAAUGCCCUGCUGGAGCAUGGCCUACUGUGUCUGGAGCAAGGCAGAACAAGUGAAGCUAUCAAACUCCUAGAAACAGCAAAGCAAAAUUACAAAAACUACUCGAUGGAAUCACGGACACACUUCCGUAUUCAGGCUGCUCUGCACAAGGCCAAGGGUGCGGCGGAGAAUGGCACCCAUGUUCCCUCCAGCCCAUAACAGACAGAGGAGGGCACACUAGAGCUGAGACAGCUUUCUGUUUCCACAGUCCCACAAUGCAACACUCAGCCCAGCCCAGACCUUUCGGGCAGAUGAUUUGUUUUUCCAACAGGAGGGUAGGGGAAGAGGGAUGCUUGUUUUUUGUGUGUAUGCCGAUUGCAGCUCUACGUGGCCCUGAUUGGGUAGGGCAGGUUUGCUACGACCCCUUCCAGAAUAAUAUUGUGAUAACUCCACUUCCUAGUGUGAUUUGAAAUAGAGACAAGAUGAGAAAUGUGCCUAUAUUUAUGAAACAUUGGUUUUAGCAGAAGGGAGUUACAAAGUUAAUUUCACUUUAUAACCUGUUGUAAUGUGACAAAUAAACUACCUUCUACCUUC